AUGGCGGGGCUCUGCUUGUGUGCGUGGAUGAAAGACGGGAUGGCAGUUUUGAGCGAUGCCCGCGGGCUUGUUGUGCGAUUCAAGGAGCCAUUAUCACUUUUCAAAGCCAUCCUGACUCUUGACCACUACCCCAUAGGGUUGCGAAUAGAGUUGUUGGGCAGUGCCAAGCAUGGAACAAAUACAUCUGUGACCUUGACCACCACCCUCCGGUCACGGGGCAAAUCUAGUACGGCCAAGGGGCUGCCUGGUGAUUUGCCAGAACGGCGAUAG